AUGCCUGUGAGGCAUAAAUUGGAUGUAAUGCAUGUAGAGAGAAAUGUUGCUGCAAGUAUUGUUUCUACAUUACUACAUUGUGGAAAAUCUAAAGAUGGGCUCAAUAUUCGUAAAGAUCUGGAGCUGCUUGGGAUACGAAAUGAUUUACAUACUAAUACACAAGGCAAAAGAACUUACCUGCCAGCAGCACCUUGGUCCUUAUCCAAGGCAGAGCAAAAAAUCUUCUGUAAACGCCUUUUUGAUUUCAAGGGUCCGGAUGGAUACUGCUCCAAUAUAUCAAGAGGCGUAUCAUUGGAAGACUCUAAGGUAACCGGACUGAAAUCACAUUAUUACCAUGUCCUAAUGCAGCAACUACUCCCGGUUGCACUUAGAGGAUUAAUGCCGAAGGGUCCUAGAAUUGCGAUUACUCGGUUAUGUGUGUUCUUCAACUACAUGUGCCAGCGAGUUAUUGACAGGGAUAAGAUUUCAGAAAUGGAAAAUGAAGUUGUCGAGACUCUAUGCAUGUUUGAAAGAUAUUUUCCUCCAAGCUUCUUCGACAUAAUGGUGCACUUGACAGUUCAUCUAGGGAGAGAAGCCAGACUUGGUGGACCAGUCCAUUUUCGUUGGAUGUAUCCAUUUGAGAGGUAUAUGAAGGUACUAAAAGACUUCGUGAGAAACCCUGCAAGACCAGAAGGUUGUAUAGCUGAAUCAUAUUUAGCAGAAGAAUGCAUGCAAUUUUGUUCUGAUUUUCUGAAGAAGACAACUAGUGUAGAGGAUAAACAAGAAAGAAAUACUGAGUAUGAGAACAAGUCUAUACUGGAAGGUCGUCCAAUUUCUGCGGCCAAAUCAAUUACACUUUCAGAAACGGAGCUGAAAAUAGCUCAUCUUGCUGUUAUUCAGAAUAUGGCUGUCAUAGACCCUUUUGUGGACAUCUACAGGACACAAAUGCAAAAUGUAGACGUGAUGCCACGACUUUGUGGAAUACCUAUUACUUCAGAAACACAUGAAGAAAUACUGAAAUGGGUCGCAUAUGGCCCACGUACUACUGCAAGGUCAUAUACUGGAUACAUAGUCAAUGGGCAGCGGUUUCAAACAAUCUCGGUUGACAGACAAAGUCAGAAUAGUGGUGUCUACUACGAGGCAAUGGCUAUGUGUAGGUCUAGCGCUAGAGACACUUCGCAAGUGGCUGAUCUUGUCUCAUACUAUGGCCGAGUUAUUGACAUUAUACUACUGGACUAUAAUGUUUUCUAUGUUCCUCUAUUCCGGUGUCAGUGGGCAGUAAGAGGUAAUGGGGUUAAGAUAGAAGACGGCUUCACACUUGUCAACCUGAAUCAGAGCCAAGUGACAUUCUUGAAUGAUCCUUACAUAUUAACUUCCCAAGCCAAGCAAGUUUUUUAUUCUAGAGAGGAUGAUUCUUCAAGUUGGUAUGUUGCUUUGAGAGGUCCUUCGAGAAGAUAUAGUGACAAGGAUGUUGAAGAAUCUAUGGCAGAUAUUGGGCCAUUGCCGUCCACUCUAGAUAUGGAUACUGACAUUGAUGAAUCUCCAAACGCCCGUGCGGAUUGUGAAGGCAUAUAUGUGUGA